AUGGAACUUUCCCUACACCAUGCAGCAUCUAACAAAACCAAUGCAAACAGCAACAACUCUGCAUUUUUCUACUUUGAGUCCUGUCACCCCCCUUCUCUGGCCUUGCUCCUACUGCUCAUAGCCUACAUUGUGGUCCUGAUCGUGGGCCUCGUCGGAAACCUCUCUCUGAUCAUUAUCAUCUUCAAGAAGCAGAGAGAAGCUCAGAAUGUCACCAACAUACUGAUUGCCAAUCUCUCUUUCUCUGACAUCUUGGUAUGUGUCAUGUGCAUCCCUUUUACUGUCAUCUACACUCUGAUGGACCACUGGAUCUUUGGGGAUAUCAUGUGCAAACUCACCUCCUACGUGCAGAGUGUCUCCAUUUCUGUGUCCAUAUUCUCACUUGUGUUAAUUGCUGUUGAAAGGUAUCAGCUGAUUGUACACCCUCGCGGCUGGAAGCCCAAUGCGUCUCAUGCCUACUGGGGCAUCACACUGAUUUGCUUUUCCCUUGUGUUGUCUCUUCCCUUCUUCCUGUCCUACCGCCUCACCGAUGAGCCCUUCCACAACCUCUCUUCCACUGACCUCUACACCCACCGGGUAGCCUGUGUGGAGAACUGGCCCUUCAAGAUGAACCAGCUCCUCUUUACCACAUCCCUGUUUAUGCUCCAAUAUUGUGUCCCUCUGAGCUUCAUCCUCAUCUGCUACCUGAAGAUCGUCAUCUGCCUCCGUAGGAGAAACGGGAGAGUGGACAGGAAGAGGGAAAGUGAAAGCCGGCUCAAUGAGAACAAGAGGAUCAACACGGUGUUGAUCUCCAUUGUGGUAACCUUUGGGGUCUGCUGGUUGCCCUUGAACAUCUUCAAUGUCAUCUUUGACUGGUAUCAUGAGGUGCUGAUGAGCUGCCACCAUGACCUGGUAUUUGUAGUCUGCCACUUGGUUGCUAUGGUUUCCACAUGUAUAAACCCUCUCUUUUAUGGCUUUCUAAACAAAAAUUUCCAGAAGGACUUAGUGGUGCUUAUUCACCACUGCCAGUGCUUUACAUCUCGGGAAAGAUAUGACAAUAUUGCCGUCUCCACUAUACACACAGAUGAAUCCAAGGGAUCAUUAAGAUUGGCUCCUAUAUCAACAGGUAUCUAAAAAUUGUUAAUACUUAAUACUAAAGCCUUUCCUGAACGGGAGAUGGAGAGGUAAUGGCUGAGGAUAGGGCAAGAUGCAUAAUGAAGAAGCCAGAACCAAAAAAAGAACAACUUUAUGCUACUCAGUUUUGCUUUGGGACAGACCUGUCUGAGUCAUAUAUCACACACACACACCCACACACACACACACACACACACACCACCUCUUUUUUCUUAGGAGACUAAUUCAAACAACUUAGUUGCCAUCAUUUGACAGUGAGAAAGCAAGGGAGGCAAGCAGCAUUGAUGGCUGGGAAGCAAAGUUCCCAGAUACUAUUAUUCAAUGGAAUAGCCACAAAAGUUAUAGCUAAUGAUAUGCCUAAUAAAAACAAUGCUAAACCUCCUUAGUGUUGAAGCAAUUUCACUUGAAGAUAUGGAUACUGAAACAUUCAACAACGUAACUAUUGAAUUAAUUAGCAAAGUCAGAAAGCUCCCACCACAAUUUAUUAGUUAGCUAACAAAGUAAGUUUGGAUUGAAAGUUAAAGGAAUGAUUUUAACUUAACAUUUAAAGUAACUAUUGUAAUUAUAAC